CUGCACAUUGCGGGUUCCCAGCGGGGUAACGGAGCAGCGGCUGCCCUCGUUAGUACCGAGGAUCGGGGAGCCGGAGCCUUGGGCAGCAGGACUGUGGGGGAGCAACUGCUGAAUCUGUGGGAGAUGCCAGUGCCUCGAGGCUCCAGAUCUGCCAAUGGCAAGGGACUCCGAUCCAGCAAAGCUCAAGCCAUGGAGAAUACUAGAGGUGAAGCAGUUAGAGCCGUGGAGAGCCAAGAAGCAGACAAGGAGGAAAAUAGCCAGGCAAAGAGAUCACCAUCUUCACCACAGGGAGCACCCAAAAAGCGGUCAGCUUUUGGAGAUCUCACCAAUGCUCACCAGUCUAAGAAGGAGGUGCUCAAGGGUACUGCUAAGAAGGUACUUAGGAGCGAAGCGGCUCAGGAGCUCUCCAGAAACAAGGAGAUCAACUUGAAAAAGUCUGGACCCAAAUCCCUUCCAGAGGAGGCCUCUGUUAACUCUGAGCCCACUGUCAAGGAAGGACUCAUGCCUGUUCAGGAGGAGGAGCCUGUGCUGGUGAAGAAAGAGCCCAGUGUUGAAGGGGCCUCAGCUGCAGGUCAACCAGAACCGAGUGAGCAGAUGUCUGGGAUGGAGAAUAUUGAAAAAGUUGAAGAGGACCCAUAUACCAAUACAGAAUAUGCCAAGGAAAUCUUCAAGUACAUGAGAAAGAGAGAGGAGAUCUUCCCCAUCUCAAACUACAUGGUCAAGCAGCAUGACAUCAGCAAGGAUAUGAGAGCCAUCUUGGUGGACUGGAUGGUGGAGGUGCAGGAGAACUUUGAGCUGACCCAUGAGACCCUGUACUUGGCAGUGAAGUUGGUGGAUCACUACUUAAUGCAAAUGGUGUGCUUAAGGGACAAGUUACAGCUGAUUGGAUCCACUGCUAUCCUGAUUGCAUCAAAAUUUGAGGAACGUUGCCCACCCUGCAUAGAUGAUUUCCUGUAUAUUUGUGAUGAUGCUUAUCAGCGAGAGGAGCUUCUUUCCAUGGAAAUCAACAUCCUCCACACCCUCAACUUUGAUAUUAACAUUCCUAUUGCCUAUCGUUUCCUGCGCAGAUUUGCCAAGUGUGCCCACGUCAACAUGGAGACCCUGACCUUGGCCAGGUUCAUCUGUGAGUUGACUCUGCAAGAAUAUGACUAUGUCCAGGAGAGAGCCUCAAAGCUGGCUGCUAGUUGUUUCUUCUUGGCUCUCAAGAUGAAGAAUGUUGGAAAAUGGACUCCCACAUUAGAACAUUAUAGUGGAUACCGGAGCACAGAUCUCUUCUCCUUGGUCAAGAGACUCAACUUCCUGCUGACUUACCAGCGCCAUGACAAACUCAAGGCCGUGCGUACCAAGUACUCUCACAGAGUUUUCUUUGAAGUUGCUAAAACCCCUACCUUGGACAUGCUGAAGCUGGAGGAGAUUCUGAAGAACUCAGUCUGAAGAACCAAGCAGGGAUCCAUGUGGGGAAGCCCUGAGGCUAGCCUUGUAAAUAGACUGUAAAUAUUUUGUACUGUCUUUGUCUCCUCCUCUUUGUCAACAUGUUUGUCCCUUUCUGUCUGUCUGAACUCAUGUCAUUUUAAGAAAAAGCUACACUUUUUAAGAAGAACUAGUUCCAAUGUUUUGAUUAGAAACUAAAUAAAAUUUUGUUAAGUGCCUUCCCUCCCCUCCUCUCUUAUUCUCCAGGGGCAGGUGAGGUGUCAGAAGGUAAAAACCAGCCUCCUACCCUCCCUGGGGAAUAAGCCAUUCCUUUCCUGCUGCUAGUUGUCCCCACGGCCUGCCCUAUUCUAGCUUCUAUAAAUCUCUAGUCACUACUCAAGGAGGGGAAGUAUUGCUACUCGGAUACCGAGUUCAAGGGUGCCUUCUAGCCCCGCCUGAGAGAACUUUCCAUGCCCAGUAAAUAGCCUCGAGAAUUGGAGCAGCCAGCAGUGCCCACGAUACCCUGUGCUUUACCUGGUGCUUUUCUGCAUUUGCAGAACAAUCUUUAGUUGCUUAUAGAAUAUAUAGAAUAAGGAGCUACUCUCCUUUUUCUGCAGUUUUGCCUUUAGUAGCUAGAAAGAAUUCCUAUAGUUGGUAGUUAAGGAAGCUGAGUAAUGGGUAGGUUGGGGAGGGGGGUGCAAAGCACCCUUUCCCAGCCUACCUGUGAAUUGUCAAUUUAUGUUUGUUUUUCCCACUCCAUUUUAUAUGUAUGUAUGUGAUGUCAUUAAUGUGUUGGUCAGAGGUGCUUGUGGAGGCCUUUGAGUUGUGGCAGGUGUUGGCUAACACUUUGAACUGAUCUGUGCCUUCUGAUAUUUAUCUUUAAUGGCUGAAAAAAAAUCUAUGCCACAGGCCAUCCCUCAGUACCCACGGGGGAUAGGGAUUGAAGAUGUACAUUCAGAUCGUGCCACUGCCUCAAAAUCCUAGUGGUAGAUAGGCCUAGUAGACACAUCAUUUUUCCAUCCUCAAGGAUGAGAAAGCUUAAGAAGAGCAGCUUUGAAGUAAUUGUGCUUUUGUGUUAAUAGGGAACAAAUCUGGCCUGAUUUUCCUUCUCUUUCCUUAUGUCCCUCUGCUAGAGGUGCUAAGGCACAAUGAGUGGCUAAAGAAUUAGGCUGGGCUUGAGGCCAGAAGCUUGGAAAUGAUAAUAGUAAAGCCAAGACUCAUUACAGGGGGUGGUUAGUUUGGUGCCGUUUCAUUCAAGUGGUCUGACAUUAACCUCUUGGCUGAUAGCUUAGGGGCAGCUAUCAUUUAUGUACAACUGAAGCACCUGCUUCCCAGGCUUUGCUCUGUUCUUUGGCCUCAGAAGCCACACUGGAGGGGGUGAGAAAGGCUGUGUUAUAGAGAGGGGUGUGGACCCUCAAAGAUGUUUCUGUAGUGGUCCACCAAAGUGUCACUGCACCCUUCCUCCAACUCUGCAUUCUAAGGGGGCUGGGGCUGUUGCCUCACAGAUAUCUACUUGUCCACAGCAGCCUUUUUGCUUUUACCCACUUUUCUGCUAGUCCAGUAGAGCUCUCACCCUCUGUGUCUUCCCCUUCACGAAACUCUUUCUCAUUCCUAGGGUGAUAAAGAGAGACAUCUGCACUGUGGCUUUUUUUAGUAGCCCCCUUACACCUGGGUUCUGUGUAUUGGCCUUUGAUUGUUACUAUUGAUGUUUCAGUGUAUGUUUUGGCAUAAAAAUUUAUUUGAAAUUUAAUAAAAGAAGUUUG